CGCAGUGACAGUCGGUAGCAGAUUAUGUGGGUGACAGCCGCUAGCAUCACACUUCACCACAGAAACAGCUAACGUUCGCCCAAGUUAACCUGGAAACAGGAAGGUGAAUUUAUGUUCUACACAGCCGAGGAGACCGCUGACUGAAAGGAUAUAACGCUAUUUGUGCGUACGGCGAGGAUGUCUGUCCCGGCAGGAGAAGGAUGACGAUGACACCACUGUUAUGGCGAGUUGUGUCAGUGUGGCUAUGUGUAGCUGUAGUCUCAUGGUACCCUAACUACUAUGUUGGUUGCACGGAGUCGCAGCAAGAGGCCCAGAGGCCUGUGUCCCCACAGGACAUCAGUUCGGAGGAAGAGUCAGGGGAAAAGACUCCUCAUCACAAGGUUGAAGAGGCCUGGGCCUUACCUGCCCAGUCCUUGUCUGAAAAUGAGCAGUUGUUAGAAGAUAAUCAGCAAAGGGAGGAACAGACAACACAGGACAUGGACGACAAAGAACAACAUUCUGAGGCCUUUGAAGUGGAGGAGCCUUCUGUAGAGACAGAAGCUGAGGCGGACAUGGAAAUUUCACAGUCUGAGCCAGAACCUGAGCCAAGCUUAGAAAAUCCACCGCAUGAAACCUCUGUCAUUGAAGAGCAGAAUUCAGCUGCCCUGCUCCCAUCCUCUGACCCUGUCUCUGGUUUUGCUGCUGAGGUUAAAGACAGCCCCAGCAUUCCCAGUCUUAGAGACAACAUCCCAACGGGUGUUUCAGAUGAUGCAUCUGAUGUAGCUGCACCUGAGGUCCUUGAAUCUGACCUGCCUCCUGCUGACUGUGAAGAAGAAGAAGAAAACAACCCAUAUGACAAUGAUAGUCCUCCAAUGGUUCUGGAGAACACUUCCAACGCUCACACUGCAGGUACUAAAAGCCACACUGACCCUCCUCUGACUUCUCCACCUGGUCACAGCUCACAGCAUCUGGAGACCAACACAUCGCACAUGCUGAAAGAGCAGGACCUGAGCUCCCCUGUUACCACAGACACAGAUUCCAGUGUGAGCAGCAAAGACCCCGAGGACAUCCCCACUUUUGAUGAGUGGAAGCGGAAGAUGAUGGAGAAAGAGAAGACUCUGUCGACUCAUACCUCCAAUAAUGGGGGUUCUCAUACAGUGAAGAAGGUCCAGAAGAACUUCAAUAACUACGCCUCAGUGGAAUGUGGAGCCAAGAUCCUUGGCGCUAACCCAGAGGCUAAGAGCACUUCAGCCAUAUUGAAGGAGAACAUGGACUUGUACAUGCUAAACCCCUGUAGUAAUAAAAUCUGGUUCAUCAUUGAGCUCUGUGAGCCCAUCCAGGUGAAGCAGCUGGACAUUGCUAAUUUUGAACUCUUUUCCUCUACUCCGAAAGACUUUCUUGUCUCUAUCAGUGAUAGAUACCCAACAAAUAAGUGGUUAAAGCUGGGAACCUUUCACGCCAGGGAUGAACGCACAGUCCAGAGCUUCCCGUUAGAUGAGCAUCUUUAUGCUAAAUAUGUGAAGAUGUUCACCAAGUACAUAAAGGUAGAGCUGGUCUCUCACUUUGGCUCUGAACAUUUCUGUCCCCUCAGUCUCAUAAGAGUGUUUGGUACGAGCAUGGUGGAAGAGUACGAGGAGAUAGCUGAUCCCUCAGAGAGACCGGAUGAUCAGGAUGAUGACGUGGAAAAUCCUCCUGGAUAUGGACCCGGUGAAGUCAAGUUGUCCAAGAAUCUGAUCGGAUCAGCGAAGGAUGUUAUUUUGAACAUGGUCAGUAAUAUUGCUGUCAAUGUUCUCGGUGGAGGCGCAGACACGCAAGGCAAUAUUUCAUCCCAUGAUGUGAACAUGACUGAGCCAUCAGCGCAGCUUGAAACCACCACCCAAACUACCACUACAGAUCCUACUUCAGUUUCAGACUCUGAAGAGGUAGACAUUUCACCAGACCUUGAUAUUCCUGCAAGUACUGCCCCCUCUUCAGAGACCCCUGUGUCGGAGACGCCUGACACUGAUUCUAGCAAACAAGAGCUCCCUCCAAUGGAGGAAAAAAUUGUUACUCCUUUAGAGAAAGAUGAGGAAGAACAUAUCAGCUCUACAAUCACCCUUUUGGAUAAGGAGGAGGAGAUGGAUGAACAAAAAGAGAAAAGGGAUCAUCAUGAGCGACAACAAGAAAAUCAAAAUUACUGUGCACUACUUCCUUCAUUUUCUUCUUCAUGCUCUUGCACAGCUUCCUUCCAGGAAUAUCUCCAUCGGCAGUGUUCAGCCCUGCUGUAUGAAAAGAGGAAAUGCCAGACGACGGACAGAAAGCAAAUGAUUCCUCCUAUUCAAACACCCACUUGGCACCUACCCCUGUACCCCUCUGCCUGCCCUGAACCUCAGCCACACCACAGCGAGCUACAUCAGCUUCCUGAAAACGAACAAGCUUCUGAGCAGGAGCCAGAGAGUGGACCCAGCCCAUCAGAAGCACCACAGCCUUCGGGGACCACAGUAGAAUCUCCUAAAGAGUCCAUGUCCGAACCUCCUGUGCUGGAGCCCAGUCAAACCUCAAGCCUCCCCAAACCCAGUGCCACGGAUUCAUCUGCGGCCAAACCUACUCCCAUUGUGGAGACACCAGAGCUGUCUUUUGAGGAAACGGCAAAGGAGCUGAGGCCAGGAAAGAGCCUGGAUGUGCUGGCUACAGAGAAGGACGCAGAGCCUUCAGUCUCCCUCACUAGCUCCGUCUAUGUGAAACCCAGUGUCAGUGCCACCCUGGACGAUGCUUCGGUGGAACCCACUGAGGAGAAGCCUAAUGUUGAUGUUCCUCAACUCGAAAUAAGUACCCCUGUCCAAAUCCCGGAUAAGACAGAUCAGUCUCAUGUUCUCCUUCCUACCACCUCGAUUCAUUCAGAGCAGCACCCUGACCCACCAGCUGUGCCUGAAAGUAGCACUGCUUCCACGGAGCUGUCCCACACUGCUCCACACACUGUCACAGAGCUUGAGCCCUCUGGUGGCACACCGGUCAUCACAGAAACUAAAACGGAGGAUCUCACAGAAGAUAUCUUAGUAUCAUCAGAUGGCGUCGGUCAGCCGCCUUCCCCCUCUUCUCCUGCUCCUUCUUCUCCUCCUCCCUCACCUACCUCACCAUCCCUCUCAGACAUCUAUGCGGAGACCCCCAAUGCCACGGAGCAGAAUGGCAACCCGGUGCACGGCUCCAGCCAGAAGGAGUCUGUGUUCAUGAGACUCAACAAUCGCAUCAAGGCCCUGGAGAUGAACAUGUCGCUCAGCGGACGCUACCUGGAGCAGCUCAGUCAGAGGUAUCGGAAGCAGAUGGAAGAGAUGCAGAAGGCUUUCAACAAAACCAUCAUUAAACUCCAGAACACCUCGAGAAUAGCAGAGGAGCAGGACCUGCGUCAGACUGAGUCCAUUCAGUUGCUGCAGGGCCAGCUGGAGAAUGUGACUCAGCUGGUUCUCAACCUGUCUGUCAGAGUCAGCCAGCUGCAGAGUGAGGUCUCAGACAGGCAGAACUACCUGCUGCUGUCUCUGGGGUUGUGUCUGUGUCUCGGCUUGUUGCUGUGUGCAAACCGCUGCCGCAUCUCUGCUGUUCCUCCUGCCACAGAGCCAGAGUCACCCAUACCUAAGAGUUACACCUACUGCUGUCCUGAAAGGCAGCUCUCUUCUUGUGAUGAGACGGGCUUGAAGAGGAGUGCAUCCUAUCCACUGAUACACUCUGAGUCCUUCCAGUUAGCCACCACUGAAGUCACAGAAAUGCUGCACGCGGAGGAGACACAGAGUCUUUGUCCAGCUAACAGAAAGAGGAGACGCCGUAAGAUGAAACCCAUAGAGAAAGUGGAGACUCUUAAACCUUCUUUUCAUGCUGCUCCAGAACUGAGUAAUGGAGUGGUCGUAUGUAACGGUGUGCCUAUCACCACAAACCCCACACCCCUCACAAAAAGGUUACUUCUACCUACCUUUAGAGACUCACCAUCAGAGGGCAGCUCAGAGGGCUCAUCACAUUCAGAUGACCCCUCCUUCUGUGGCAUCACCACAGCCUGCCCCCGAAUCUGUGACAGCCUCCCUCCACCCAAGACCCGGGCGGAGAAACGGGCAUUAAGACGCCAUCGCACCAAGCCCAGGUGUGUGGUGGUGGACUUGCUUCAAGCCCCAAAGAGGAAUAAGAGUGAACCGUUGCCCAUUUCUACCAUACAGGACAUCAUGAACAGGAAAACGGAGCAAAGCUCCGGGGCGUUUGGGGUAAAUGUUGCCGUCUCAGGUCCUGUGUGACCGAAAAAAAAAAAAAAAAGGAGACAAAUUUGAAAAGGAUCCACUCCUCCUCACUCACUGCGCAACUCUUUCCAAAAGAGGAAUGAUGUUAAUUUCUGUUGCCACAGGCAGCUUUAAGCUCCAAAAUGAGACAGCCCCUUCACUCUCACCGUUUGGUUUUGUUUUCUCUUCGUGUUCUCUGCUCAUGUUCUUGUCAGAUCUUUUAUAUUUGUUAUACUUCAAGUCAAAGAAAUGUCUUCCCGGCUUACAAUUAAAGCUUUUCUCUUUGGUUUGGAACUAUCAGCUGUGA